GGUCAGUUGUCAGUAAACAAGCUGUUGAAAGUGAGCAGACAGAGGGACGUUAACAGGAACUCACAGACAUGGGUCUUGGUAGGAGGGUGGAGGUCCCGGUCAGUGACUUGUCUCUGGUCAGAGAUCUGUGGGAGGUGCGAGUGAAGAAACACCGACAGAAGGAGCAGAAUGAGAAGGAGAGGAUCGAGCAGAGCGCCCUCCCAAAGAUAGACCAGCAGUGGCAGUAUCGUAUCUACUGUAAGACCCUGAAGACCAAAGAACUGACCCUGCUGCAUCGAUACCUGGAGAGAUCUACACUGACCAGUGCUCAGCUCAGCACAGAAGAAGCGGAGCAGCAGGAUCAGAAGGAUCCGGAGCAGAGCAGACUGAUCUUCCAGCUGGAUGGAGAUCAGUGGACGGACUUCCCCAGAGAGCUGCAGUGGAUGACCUACCUGAAGGAGUGGCACGUCAGCAGGACAAAGAUCAGCCGUCUGCCGGAGUACCUGGAUCUGUUCACCCAGCUCACCGUGCUGGAGAUCCCCAAGAACACCAUCGCAGAGCUGCCACCGGAGAUCGGUAAACUGACGGCUUUGAGGAAAUUGAACGUCAGCUACAACCGUUUGUCCAGAGUUCCUCCAGAACUCGGAGACUGUGAGAACCUGAAGAGACUGGAACUCACGGGGAACCACCACCUGUCGGAUCUGCCGUUUGAGCUGAGCAGCCUGAAGCAGCUGGUUCACCUGGACGUCGCAGAAAACAGCUUCGCAUCGAUCCCCAUCUGUGCUCUGAGGAUGAGCGGCCUGCAGCUGCUGGACCUGAGCAACAACCGUCUGACCGACCUGCCGCAGGACAUGGACAGGUUGGAGCAGCUGGUCACUCUGUUCCUCCAUAAGAACAAUCUGUCCUACCUGCCUCACUGUCUCUGCAAAAUCUCAACGCUCAAGAUGAUCGUCGUCAACGGAGACGCCCUCACAUGCUGCCCGACAAAACUGUGCAGGAACCCAGACAUCAAGUUUAUUCGACUGUGUGACAAACGAUCGAGUGCAGAGAAGAAGAAGAAGAAGAAGAAGAAGGAGGAAGAGGAGAAGAAGAAAGAGAAGGACAAGAGGAGGAGGUGGAGAGGGCAGAGAGAGGAGGAGGAGGAGGAGGAGGAGGAGGUGAGGAAGGAUGGCAGAGAGAAGGAGUUCAUUGAGGCCUACAUCAGUUCUCUGAAGGACAGAGACACCGUCCCCGAAUCCACCACCAAGUUGUCCAUCUCCUGCCUGCUGUGAGGAAGAGGAGGAUGAAGAGGAGGAUGAAGGAUGAAUAGAAUGAGGGAAGGACAGAGGAUGUCUCAUGUGUACAGAUUGUAAAGCCCUCUGAGGCAGAUUUGUAAUUUGUGAUUCUGGGCUCUACAAAAUAAACUGAAUUGAAUUGAAUAGAAUCAAACAGAAACACAAUAAAAGAGUCUGAUCCGUUGAUAAGAUAAGAUAAGAUAAGAUAAGAUAAGGUAAUCCUUUAUUAGUCCCACAGCGGGGAAAUUUGAUGUUUUAGAAGAAGAGGAAACUAGAACACGCAGCACUUUGCACCGUUGGAUUAUUGGAAAGAUUCUUUAAUUCUUCUUUAAUUUUACUUUAGUUUUAGUUUUUUAAACAUUUCUUUCUUCCCUUUUUUUUCCAAAAAUUACUUUUCAUUCCAAAAUCAGAUUUUAAACAUUAAACACUAAAGUUAAUUCUAAUGAACUGAUAAAUUCAUUUAUUCAUUAUAAACCGAGUUCAACAACAGAAUUUACAAUUUAACGUUUUAGAUUUUGGUCUUUGAACUUCACACACAGAAAACUGGAUUCAUUGGUUGAAGAUGUAAAAGUGACCAAAUAGAGAAAAACAAGAAAUAUUGAUUUACAUUUUGAAACAGUUUAAGUGAAUUAAUAUUAUUAUUCAAUAAAUUUAUUUUUUAAGAUUUCCUGUGUUAAAAAUGAGCUGAUGAACUAAUUAGACAUAUUUUAAAAGAAAAAGAUUAAUUUCUGCAAUAAGAUGUAUGAAUUCUGUGAUUUUAUUUCCGUCAGUUUCCCUCCAAAAUAAGGAAAAAAUAUUUUUUUUACGUUUGUAUUAUUUGUUGUUGAAUUAAUUCUGUGUGACGCUUUGAUUGAGAGGUGUGUUUAUGUCUGUUUUUACUCUGAUAUAUAUUUUUAAAUUUAAUAAACAUUUGUGAAAAUGUUUUCAUCUGAUUUGCAAAAUU